UUAGUAUCAAAUAAUCCUGAAUCCUGAAAAUUAGGAAUUCCAUGGGAAACGUGGGAACACCGAGAAGUGCCAUACCGGAGGUUCGCCUUAGCUCCGGCCACAAGAUGCCGCAGAUUGGACUAGGCACAGGGGCGGCAUCUCUGCCGCCUCCACAGGCCCUAACCGCCAUCCUCAUCGAGGCCAUCGAGAUGGGUUACCGUCACUUCGACACAGCAGCAGUCUACGGCUCCGAGGAAUGCCUCGGCAGAGCUGUGGCAGAGGCCCUCGAGCGGAGGCUUAUCCGGAGCCGCGACGAGGUCUUCAUCACAUCUAAGCUAUGGUGCAAUAACGCUGACCCGGAUCUUGUCCUUCCCGCGCUAAAGGAGACUCUCAGGAGGUUGGGGCUGGAGUAUGUGGAUUUGUAUCUAAUCCACUGGCCGGUGAGGAUGAAAAGGGAGACGGAAGGCUUAAAUUUUACGAAGGAGAGCCUACUGGAAUUCGACGCAAAGGGAACAUGGGAAGCCAUGGAAGAGUGCUCCAAGCUGGGCUUAGCUAAGUCCAUUGGGGUUAGCAACUUCGGCCCCAAGAAGCUCUCCCAAAUACUCCAAUUCUGCUCCAUCCCUCCUGCUGUCAAUCAGGUGGAAAUGAAUGUCGCAUGGAAGCAGGAGAAGCUGAGGGAAUACUGCAGGGACAAGGGGAUACACGCAAGUGCUUGGUCUCCUUUGGCAUCCAAUGGAAGCUCCUGGGGCUCAAUGGCCGUCAUGGAAAGCCCCAUCCUUAAAAGCAUUGCAGAAGCCAGAGGAACCACCGUGGCUCAGGUGGCGCUGAGAUGGGUGCAUGAACAAGGCUCGACCGCGAUAGUGAAGAGCUUCAAUAAGGAGAGGAUGAGAGACAACCUUAGGAUCCUCGAAUGGGACGAACCACUAACGGAAGAUGAGUUGGAGAAGAUCAGGCAGAUCCCCCCAUGCCAAGGAGUUCGUGGGGACGUGUUUGUCAAUGAGAAUGGACCCGGCUACACUUCUGUAGAUGAACUAUGGGAAUAACUUAGUUAAUAGCUUCGUGCUCGUGCAGUAAGUGGGAUUGAUACAGUAACACAAGUCAUCGACUUUAAAUAAUUAUGAGAUUUAGAUUCGAUCAUUGUCAAUAGAAUCUCCGUGCUCAUUUAUUUAGCUUUUUUUAUUCUUGUAUUAUGGCAAUGGCCCUCCCUUAUAACCGACCAAAAAAAGAAUAAAAUCAUAGCUUCAUGUA